AGUGGAGUCUGGCUGAGUUCCGGGUGCGAGGCGGCCACUGUAGGUGAGCAGGGUGCAGCGCCUGCAAGCUUUGGAGGCAGAGCCGUGAUGUUCCGCAUCGAGGGUCUCGCGCCGAAGCUGGACCCCGAGGAAAUGAAGCGGAAGAUGCGCGAGGAUGUGAUCUCCUCCGUUCGGAACUUCCUCAUCUACGUGGCCCUGUUGCGAGUCACUCCAUAUAUCUUAAAGAAGUUGGACAGCAUAUGAGGAUUGGGAACUGCGUCUGGACGCAUGGCAUGAAGGACCCGGUGGCAGCUCCUCCUCCUGUCUGCAGAUGAAUUGGCCUAGAAAGGUGUAAGACUGAUGAAAUGGACAUAAGAACUCUACUUGUUAAGAACAAGUUGGGCUUUGGGAACUGACCUUCACAGCUGAAAUAUAAAACUACUUGGGAAGUGCAAAAAGAUGUCUUGUGGUCCUAGUGUGCCCUUAAGCUGUGAGGUCCGCCUCAGAGAGCGUUGAUGGAAUUGUAAAUAAUGUCAAACUCUAAGGGGCUUAUGUCUCAAAUGGCACUGUCUUGGCAGUCGUUUCUGUUUACGGCUUCUGUUCAGAGUGUACUUCUGAAGAGUGUCUGAUGGAAGUCAGCGUACACACACAAUGACAUUUAAGCACAGGACCAUCAGUCUAUAUUUUUAAUAAACAUUCUGAUGAAA